UUGGCUGGUUGUAAGUUGGGUGACGCAGGAGCUCUGUGCUGAACGUGGUCUGACUCCGGAUCAACUGUCAACCCGAUAGAAAGCGCACGCGAUCAAUUGUAGCGUCCACGUGGAUCAAUCAGUCAGUCAUGGAACUGUUGGGUCGAUAUCUGGAGAGGAGCAACUCAGUCAGUUCUGUCAUGGCUCAAGAUGUCGUGAACGAGGAGAAGCUGAGAGAUGACCUGAGGUACUACUUCAUGAGCCCGUGUGAGAAGUACAGGACCCGACGACACAUUCCCUGGAAACUGGGAGUCCAAAUCCUGAAGAUUGUCAUGAUCACAACACAACUCAUCCUGUUCGGCCUCAACAACCAGCUGGUGGUGUCUUAUAAGGAGGAGAACACCAUGGCCCUGAAAAACCUCUUCCUGAAGGACUACACUGGCGUGGAUGAGGACGACUACAGUGUCGCCGUCUACAACCAACAUGGUGUCUACGAGAGCCUGUAUUAUGUCCUGGAUCAGUACAGCCAGUUGGGCCGGCUCUCUACGGGUCCCAUCACCUACCCCAAGGAUGACGACGGCAACCUGCUCCCGCUGGUCAUGUGCAAAGAGCACUACAAGAGAGGCAGCGUGGAGCCGUCGGACGAGGCCUACGACAUAAACGCGCAGCUGGAGACAGUUUGCACGUCACAUGAUCCAAAGACUGGAAACCUGCAGACACUCUACAACUCCUCCUUUUUUAUUCUGGACUUUUACAGGCUCGUCGACAUCAAAAUCACCUUCCAGCUGAAGGGCAUCAAUCUGCAGACAGUGCGUUCACGGGAGUUGCCUGACUGCUACUCCUUCUAUGUCACGAUAACAUUUGAUAACCAGUGUCACAGCGGGAAGGUGAAAAUAUUCCUGGACAUAGACACUCAGAGCUGCGCGUGCACGGACUGGAAGAUCUCAGGAACAGCUCAGAAGAACACACACUACCUCCUGAUAUUCGACGGCUUCGUCAUCCUGAUCUGCCUCACGUCGGCCGUGCUGUGCAGCCGCUCCAUCGUGCUGGCCGUCAGGUUACUCCAGAGAUUCUCCAGAUUGUUCCACGAGAACUACAAUCGUAAAGUGUGUGAGGACGAUCAGACGGAGUUCUUGAACGGCUGGUACGUCCUCGUCAUCGUCAGCGACCUCUUGGCCAUAGUUGGAACCAUAUUAAAGAUGGAAAUACAAACAAAGAGUUUGACCAGUUAUGACGUGUGCAGUAUCUUCCUGGGAACAUCUACCUUAAUGGUGUGGGUCAGUGUGAUCAGGUACCUGGGAUACUUCCAGAAAUACAACGUGCUGAUUUUAACUAUGAAAGCCGCCUUCCCCAAGGUCCUGCGUUUCUGCUGCUGUGCCGGCAUGAUCUACCUGGGCUACACCUUCUGCGGGUGGAUCGUUCUGGGCCCGUACCACGAGAAGUUCGAGGGCCUGAGUCGCGUGGCCGAGUGUCUGUUCUCCCUGGUGAACGGUGACGACAUGUUCGAGACCUUCGCCCAGCUGAAGGACAAGAACACGCUGGUGUGGCUCUUCAGUCGGGCGUACCUCUACUCCUUCAUCUCCCUGUUCAUUUACAUGGUGCUGUCGCUCUUCAUCGCCCUCAUCACGGACGCCUACGAGACCAUCAAGAACUACCAGAGGGAUGGUUUCCCGUUGACGGACCUGCACAAGUUCCUCAGAGAGCAGAAAGAUUUCCCUGUGGUGGAGGAGAGCAGUCAGGCAGAUGUUCACAUCAGGGACUCUUUGCUCUGCUGCUGCCAACGAGUUCCAGAAAAUGACGACAUCGUGCUGAUCAGCUGACAACUGUCCCACCGCCAGAUGAGAGGGUUCACGGCGGAGGAGGAUGCUGGGAACAGGACCUCACACAUCUGACGCAGACGACAGAUGCCUCCCUGGGAUACGUAGAAAUAACCUUUCUGUGAAGGGCAAUAUUCUCAUGAAACUGGAGCUCAGGCUGAAGAGUUGGAACUGGGACUAAAAGACCAACCUGUUAUUGAACUGUGUCUGUUGGAGUUCAGGAUAUCGCCGAGGAGUUUACUGGACCUUUUUCAGGCAUGCAUAUGUAUUAGUUGCCAAAGAGCUGGAUUCACCGCUGUUAUGAACUCGACUGUUGUUUUUCGAAACACCAGGUCGAGGCAACGUGAUGCAAAAUGCUAGAUGUAUGUUGUUUGUCAAGUGUUGGCAAAGAGGCAACAUUAAAGCCGAUAUUUUUAUUUGUUCAUUGUUAGAAUACGUUUCCUGUCUUUGCUGAAGAUGUCUGAGCUUUGAGUCAAACGGCAAGUAGAAGUAAGAAGUCAAAGCUGUACAUGAAUGUGAUUAUUUAUAAGGUCAGUAUAUUACAAGCAGUGGUGGGAGCCUGAUAUGAAAUGGUAAUGACGACAGAGAUCUAUGAAUUUCCUCUGCACAAAAUAAAUUAGCUCCAACGUU